GGGCUGCGGUGAGAUGGGGUAAUGUGGAGUUGGGCGUAGAAGAAGUAGUGGUAGGUAGAGAAGCCCCUCGGUUUUGGUGAUGGCAGCGGCGAGUUUGUGCUGUUCCAACGUUGCUCCUGCUGUUUUUGCUACCAGCUGGCCGCACAGAUCACCCACUAGCGCCUUCUAUCAACACUGGACCUGUCUCGACUUUCAUGUCUCUCCUGUCCUCCUCUGCCAUCGGCUACCAAGUGUAUCUAUUCACUGUCUUCUCGUCGUCAAGCAUCUCCUGAUCUACCACACUCUACCAUCCUCCUACGCACCUAGCCACGGUUCGUCUCCGAUUCGGUCUCACUGUCCAAGCAUGCAAGGAACAACGCGCGUUGGAUUCGCAACCUACAUCUCAAGCAUGGUGCCAGUUGUCUUUCCACGACACGGCGUCGAAGACGAAAGUCCUUGAUCCUCUGUUGUAGCUUCUCCGCUAUGUUGGGACACCAACCGUACUUCAAAUGUACGAGACAGGGAGGGUCACCAGAGCCAUGGCUGUCCGCAGGCCAUUGUCCCUUCAAAUGGACGAGACCCUGGUGCCUUGGCUGGCGUGUUUUAGACAGCUGGACUCAUCGUCUCCUACAAUUACAAUACAAACUGCCACUGUAUUGCCGGGCACUUGGAGUAUUGUCCUCCUAAA